AUGGAAAACGAACUCGAGGGCCAACUCGCCGCCUUAGAAACUAGGGCGGCCAAACUGCAGCACUGGACUCGGCUGUCUGUACAGGUGGAGCAGCAAGAGGUGCUGGGUCUCGAAGCUGCUGCUGCUGCGCUGCAGCAGCAGCAGCAGCAGCUGCAGCAGCAAAGGCUUUCGGCGCUGCCAGCAAUAGAGAAAGCUGCAGCAGCUGAGCUGAAGCAAAUUAAACAGCAAAGAGAGACAGUUCUGGAGCAUUUGAGGGCGGAAGGCGAAAAGCUCAUAAACAGUCUUUGUCUCUUUCACAAAAACAAAGAGAGGUCUUGGGAGGCUGCUGUGCCCCCGACAAAGGCGAAGGAGAAAUGCAGAGAGCUCUGGGCUUCUCUGGCUCACGUCAAAUCAACCAGAGAGACGGCGGCUGACGCGUUGACAGCGAAGCUAAACGAUGCGCUGGGAGAAGCGGAGAAGGCUAUUUAUGAAGAGUCCGCCUCCAGGAGACAAGCAGAAGAAGCUCUUAACGG